UGCUCCCCGGCCGGGGCCGAAAUCGACCUAGUGAGUCCCUCGCGGGCGAACCAGGCCACAGCAGAAGAACGUAGGCGGGUGGUGUCCCAAGGUGCAACUCACCGCCGCGCUGGCUCAGCGUGGCGGUGAGGAUGCGCAGACGGUGGUAGUGGCGAGAGGUGUGUAUGGACACUGUUCCCGCGGCAGUAAUGCAAAGCGGCAAACUGCACCUGGCAACCAUUGUCGCGGAAAGCGUGGCCCACGAAGCUGUAGGUGUAGAGAGAUUCGUACACACCACGUCAGUAAGCACCGCUCGCGGGAGAAGGGAGACAACCGCGGGCACCGCGGGGAGGGAGUGCUGCACCCUCCUCGUCGAAACACCACAGGCAAGAACCGAGCUCUGCAGAGAUGGAUUGAUGCGAGGAAACUCGCCGCUCGGAAAAUACGGAAAAAAGCACACCCGCAACGCGAGGUGGACCGAGAGAGGCACGAGACCGCAGCGGCCGUCGAGGCGGCUCGCCGCUGGCGAGGUGCGCACGAGGGCAACAGGCUGGUACACGAGCGAAGCGCAGCACGAGAUCUCCGAAGCGUGUAAGGAGAUGAAGGCGGCCCAGCAGCAACUGCGUGGGGCCGAAAAGAACAGCGCCUUCGAGGCGACCCUGAAUGGGAUGCUCAAGGCGGCGCGGAAGAAGCGCAGCACCGCGAGGUGGAGAGCACGGGAAACGUUCUUCGAGGGCUAUGUACGGCAGGUCGAGAAGAAGAGCCGCGAGGGGGAUCAGGCGGGUUUCUACAGGCACCUGAAGAUGAUCGACGUCGAAGGUAAGUGGUCUUUUCACCUCUCAGAACAUCAAGGACGAGGACGGCAGGGUUCUUCGGGACCCCACGUUUAUUCUCUAACGGUGGGCACGGUGGUGCCACCAGCUCCUCAGUACCAAGUCGCCGACCAUCGACCUGCAAGCGGCUGACAAGGUCAAGCGGUGACCCACGUGCGUGCCACUCGACGAC